UCCUUCUGUUUGACAAAAUGCAAGCCCUAGCUUUUCUCGUCAUUGCGUCCGCCGUUCUGUAUCAUCUCGCUGCCCUUUCCUCAGCCAACGAGGGCAACGUCCUCCUCACCGGAGACGUCCUGCCCACCGACGGCCAGCUCUCCUACGGCCGCAACGCCUUCGUCAUGCAAGGCGACUGCAACCUCGUCCUCUACAAAUUCCGCGGCGGCUUCCAGUCGGACACCCACGGCAAAGGAGCAAACUGCACGCUCUCGCUCAGCAACCACGGCGCGCUGAUCAUCACCAGCGCCGGAGCUACGGUGUGGAGCUCUCCUGGUUCUAAGAAGGGCAAGUACGCGGCCGUGCUCCGGCCUGACGGGGAGGUGGCCGUCUACGGCCCGGCUUUGUGGACGACGUCGGAUUCGAACGUCAACACCUCGAGCGAGGAGGUGGCCCCGUUAGAGGCCUUGGCCCCGGUGAGGAACUUGCUGUUCUCGGGCCAGAGUAUAAGCGUGGGGGUGGAGCUGGCCAGCAGGGAUUACACGUUCAGGGUGGAAGCGGACUGCAAUCUGGUGCUGAACAAGGCAGGGACUGGCACGGUCUGGCAGAGCGCGACGCCAGGGCGAGGUGCCCAUUGCUUUGCCAGGCUUGACCACAGGGGGCAGCUCGCCGUCGUCGGCGACCACUACCUCAAGGUGGUGUGGAGCAGCAAUAGCACGGCUGGGGAGGGAGAUUACGUGCUCAUUCUCCAAAUCAACGGGCAGGCGGUGGUGUACGGCCCUGUGUUGUGGUCAACUAGCACGUAACUGGUUGCCUACGCGACAGUUGAAGAUGAAGUCUUUUGUUUUGUUUUCUUUCUUCCAUGGAAGAAGAAGCUCUGUUUUAAGAAUAUCAAUAUCCAUGAAUAUCUAUCUUUUAG